AUGCUGAGCAGUCAAGCUGGAGCGGAUUUGGCCAACCACGAACGCUCUCGAGAAGUCUGGGAGUUUGAACCCUACACACAAGGAGAGAUAAAUGACAUGAUUGAGACACUGGCCAAGUACAAAGAAGCGUUCAUUGACAUUAUGAUGGUCGAGGAACUUAAUUUCAUGCCUGUGGACGCAGAGGACUCGCCACUGACUGGUGGUCUCAUCACGUUUCUCUCCUUUAUGCUCUUCGGAAGCAUCCCGCUGCUCUCGUACCUGGUCAACUUUGUGCCUGGUAUCGACAUGAGUCCAACGACGACGCUGUAUCUGUCGUGCUUCCUUACGGUUGUCACACUGUUCUUGUUAGGUGCCGUGAAAGGCAGAUUUGUCGGACAAAAGAUGUGGAGAGCAGGUGGCUCGAUGGCGAUCAACGGCACCAUUGCGGCUGCAUUCGUUGUUGUUGUUGUGGUUGCUGCUGUUUCUGUUGCUGUGCUGCGAAAGGAAGGCGGAUAA